AUGUCUGGCUGGGACUCGUACAUCAGCACGCUGACCACCGCCUCCCCGCACAUCGAGCGCGCCGCCAUCGUCGGCGUCGACGGAUCGGUUUGGGCGAGGACCGAGGGCGACAAACAAUUUGCGGCCACCGAAGCCGAGCUCAAGUCGCUGGUGACCGGCUUCAACACCCCGGACCAAGUGCCAGCCCGCGGCGCCGACCUCGAGCAGAUCCACUACGUCGUCCCGCGCGCCGAUGACACCGUGAUCUUCGGGAAGAAGGACAAGACCGGCUUCUUUGCCGCCAAGUCACAGCAAGCGGUCCUCAUCGCAAUCUACAAGGGCGACUCGGCUGAAGGCACGGAGGUCCGCUCGGCCGUCGAGAAGCUGUCGCACUUCCUGCAGCCGCUACAGCCGUGUCGGGAUGGCCUGGCCACCGCCGCAACAGCCCUCUUACGUGUCGCAACCCUCGAUGUCGACGCCGUACUCUCAAGCCCCGGCAUAUCAGCAGGUACCUCUUACCUGCCGCCAAAUCCAUCCGCCUAUUCUCCGAAUAGCAGUUAUCACCAGCAGCAGCAGGCUCAAUUCUCUCCACAACAGCAGCCAAUGGUGUCGCAGCAACAGGUUCAACGCCCUCCACAGCUACCGGGAGUACCGCAGCAACAAAUUCAAUAUGCGCCACAGCAGCCAACGGUGUCGCAGCAGCAGGCUCAAUACCCUCAACCGCCGGUGGCGCCGCAGCAGCAGGCUCAGUACGCUCCACAACAACCCGCAGCGCCACAGCAACAGGCCCAACGCCCUCCUCAGCCACCAGCGGCACCGCAGCAACAAGUUCAAUACCCUCCACAGCAACCAAUGGUGUCGCAGCAACAGGCACAAUACGCCCCACAACAGCCGGUAGCACAGCAGCAACAGUCUCAACAGCCACCCGCAGCACCGCAACAACACCAGGUUCAAUAUCCUCAACAGCAGCAAGCGAUGCCGCGGCCAGCGGCCCAGUACACUUCGCAGCCGACGACAAUGCCCCAGCAAUACCCUUCUCAACCUGCGCCCACGCCUCAGCAAUAUGCCAAUCAACCUGCUCAAAUGCCACAACAAUAUCAAAGCCAACAGCCUGCCCAAAUGCCCUAUCAACAGUCCUACAUGGCUCCGGCGAUGACCGCUCAGGCGGCGCCCUCUCAGCCACUCCCUCCACCUACUGCCGGCUGGAAUGACCCGCCCGCGCUCGCCCAAAAAACUCAAGCCAAGCCGACGCCACCACAGAAUUUUAUGCAGUUCCAUUGGCACACCACGCAGCCGGCCGCACAACCCUCUGCCGCUCCUCCGCCAGCCCAGAGCCCCGGAUCGCAGCUUUCCCCGGUCUCUCAAGCCUCUGGACCUGUCGAGCCGGAAGUGCCGGCUGCCCUCUACCUAAACGCUGAAGAUCAGGCAAUCGUCGAUCUGUUCCUCCAAACGGCCGAUGGAGUAUUUGCCUGCACCAAGCAUCCGGGGAUAGUUAGCAAGGUCGAGGACCUGAAACGACGUCUCCACCGUGAUAUCGCCGAACGGCUGGGCCGGCAGCAGAUUGGUCCCGUGACGAAAUCUCUUCUGCGAGGCUGCGGUGAAGCGGCGCUGAAGGGCGACUACCGCUUGGCCCUCCAAAUUUCCCAACAAAUGGUGACGAAUGGGCACGAUUUUGUGGAGGUAUCGGCCUUCUACCCGUCGCUGAAGUCGUUGAUAUCGCAAGCCCAAUCCGCAUGGAAAUACCAG